AUGCACUAACAGAGAUUUGCAGCAUCUAACAAAAUGCAAUAAAAAACCUUAUAAGAAUAUGAUAUUAAACCUAUAAAGAAUCCAACUAAUCAUGGAAAUAAGAAUAUUUAAUAAGUUUAAUAAAUUUACAAUCUUUAACAAAGAAAUACAAGAGGAAUGUAAAUAGAAGAUGGAGAAUAGGGAAUUUAAAUUAAAGUGUUUCAAAAUGCGACUAAGUCUAAUUUAGAUUAAAGAUCAUCUUCUUAGCAAUCUAAAUAGGAUCUUUCUCUUUAAAAAAGAUUGUUUUCAGGUUUAGAGUCAGAUUAAUCUUUUUCUAAAAUAAACUCAACAACUUUCUAGGAACAAGAGAGAAGUCCUAGAAAUAAAAGUGACAUCAUCUAAAUUAAACUUAUAAAGCCUUUAGAUUAGAAAUUCUUUAACUUUAUUCGAGAAUAUGGUUAUAUAAUAGGUGAUUAACCUCAUGAUAAUUAAUCUUCAUUUACAGUUAGUACAAUGGAACGAUCCAGGUUGCUUUCAAAUGAAAGAUAAAUUGUCUAUAGUAAUUCUCCUCCACCUUCAAAAAGUAUGAAUAAUUAUUAUUCUUUAUAGCUUUUCGAACAAAACUAUUUAACCAUGUUAAUUGA